AUGCUACUUCUUGCUCUCCUGCUCAUCGCCCUCUGUGGCUUUGCGUCAUAUUGCGUCGCCUUCCCGGUGUUGCACUACUUCUGGGAUGCGAAAGGUCUGCGAAAAUAUCCAAACUGGUCCACCUUCUCCGGGAUAUCAGACCUGCCAUAUGUCUAUCUGAGUGCAAAAGGAACGCGAUCUCAGAGCAUACAUGAGGCACACAAAAAGGCACCUAUCCUGCGCAUUGGCCCAAACUCUCUCUCAUUUGGCGAUGUGAAUGCCAUCAAGGACAUCUACGGUCACAGCUCGGGCUGCAGGAAAGACUUGAACUAUGUCAUCCUGAGCGGAACGCAUACGCAUUUGAUCGAUGUUGUGGACAAAGGGGAGCAUGGACGGAAAAGAAAACAACUCUCUUCUGCCUUCGCGAUCAAAAACCUGGAAGGCUGGGAGUUCAAAGUUGCAGAGGUGACUGGCCGACUGCUCAAGCAGUUCGACGCCCAUUGUACGGCACCCCUCUCAAGCCAGGACGACAUACCGGAUCCUGCUGGAUUGAACCUAGACUUUGGCAAAUGGAUAAACCUGUUUACGAUCGACGCAAUCAACAACAUCGCCUUGUCGGCUCAACUUGGCCUCCUGGAACAAGGGUCAGACGAGGUCACCGCCGAGAGAAUGGAUGGCACGACCUACAGAGCACGAUACCGGCAGGCACAAAACCAGACAUCGUACGCCCAGUCAGCCAUGGUGUGGGACUAUCGAAAUUACCACCUGCUCGCAAAACUCUCUCGCCUCCUUCCGAAAUGGCGCAAGAUCUGGAAGGAAGCCGAGCCGUGGAACGAUAUCGUUCUCCACCAGGUCAAGGAACGUUUGAGGCGAUACAUGGCGGGCGAGAAACUUGACGACUUUUUCUCCGCUCUGAUGGACGACAAGUCCGGCAGCCCUCGCAACUUGGAGCUGGGGGAGCUCUAUGCCGAGGUCAGUGUCAUCAUCAACGCUGGCGCAGACACAACGGCCAUUGCGCUCACAAAUCUCCUGGAUGCAUUGAUUCGACACCCUCAGCACCUUGCUACUCUCAGGGAGGAAGUAGACGGGGCCCUUGAUGAAGACGAGGUUGUCGCCCCUUAUGACAAAGUCAAGCAUCUUCCAUUUCUGCGGGCCUGCAUUGACGAAAGCAUGCGACUUAUGCCUCCGACUUCUGCAGCCUUGAUGCGUCGGACGCCUCCCGAAGGGGCUCAGAUCAUGGGCGAAUGGAUACCCGGCGACACAAGUGUCUCGAUGACAAUCUACGGAGCCCACCAUGACGCCAACAUUUUUCCAAACCCGAACGAGUUCCAGCCUCAGCGGUGGAUGGAUGCGGAGGAAAGAAAACGGAUGGAGCCCUAUUAUAUCCCGUUCACCACUGGCGGACGGGCAUGUAUUGGGAGAAACAUUUCGUAUCUUGAGCAGGUUGUGGUUUUGGCAUCACUCGUGCAUCGCUAUGACUUUGCUCUCCCGGGUCCGGAAUGGACGCUUAGGCGUCACGAGGCGUUCAAUAUCAUUGUGGGCGAGAUGCCGGUCAAGAUCUGGCGGAGGGAGCUUUCCUAA